GCACCACAUGAAUAAUUCAUUUCUUCUGCCCCAGAACAGAUAUCGAGCACAGACUAUUUCAUCCAUUCCAUUUAUUCGUCAUCAUGGGAGCAGAGGAGUCAUCACCUGAAUCAUCGGAACGGUCCACUGCACCAAGACCCACUGGCACCUCAACCGCCACGGUCGUGUCUGCAGAGGACCACAGCGUGGACCGUCGUGUGUUCAUCAGUGACCACAGUGUCCGCAGCAACGUCAACAUCCAAAACGACCACAGCGUCAGAAAUGAUUUUAGCAUUAGGGAUAGGGAUUGCAUCAGUGGCGAGGAUCGGUUGGUGGUGACAACUGAUCGGGCAGGCAACAACGUGAGCUUAAGUGGCGUGUCAGGUGUCACGGGCAAUAUCAACAUAGGUACGCAUAUCGGCUCCGGAAAGCGCAAAGUUGACAAGGCCGAAGCCGCAAGGCAGCCUCGGACCAUCCGCAUUUACUACUCUGAGAAGUUGAUGGAGAGGGGAGACUUUGUGGAGGAAGGGCGGGAGGGUGAGGAGCAGGGGGAAGGAGGAGGAGGAGGAGGAGGAAGAGGAGGAAGGAAGCCAAAGUUUACAGGCACUCUGCCCUUCCUGACCGUCUCUGUUCCACCACGCAAGAUCAAAUAUGUCAGUGUCUGUUUGGAGGGUAGUGGGGGUGAGUGUGACAAGAUGAUUGUGGAAAAUUUCAAUGUGUCAAAUAAAAAGUAG